AUGGUUACGGACUGGAAGGCUUUGCUGUCUCGCACCAAGCUGCCUCCAAGGGAGCUGGGUGCCUGGCUGCAUGUGACGCUGAUGAGCUGUCCAAACGUGGGCCGAGUUCUGUCCGACGAGACGGCGCGAGCAGACUUUGAGUACAACUUCCAGGUUGCCUCCGAACAUUCUUUUACGGCUUGUGCGCAGCAACAGGAGGACCGGAAGAAAAUGGAUGUCGGUACCGACUACACGGCAGCAGCAUGUAUGGCCUUGGGUGAGAAAGCUUGGCGCGAGCUGGGCGACAACUGGGAGAAGAGUCUCUACGAGACUGUGGAAACGGCAUUGCCGUGCAUUCUGUGGCACGGUCGCCAGCCUGCCGGUCUAGCGGAUUUUGAGCGGAGCUUCAUGUCUUGCAACGAGAACGCUGACAGCCGGCCAGUUUUGUCCGUGAUGCUCAAGGAGCAGAGGCGCCUCACAGCGCUCAAGGCUCUUCCGGCUUUGCUGGCCUGGCAUGCGGUCCUUUUCGAGGCCUUCGAGGACUACGGCCUCCUUCGAGAGGAGGCCCGGCAGCUCACCAAUUCAGAAGCCAUUGCAAGGCUUCCGGAGCACCAAAGGGCCCAUGCCGAAGAGUCUCUCAACGAGUUCUGCCGCUGCUUCAACCUGGCUUUCCCGCUGGUUGAGCGUCUCUUCGAGUGCGAGGCCAAUCCGUUCCUGCAGCAGGGCAAAGUUAACCUGCCGGGCCCAAUGACACCUGAGACACCUGUGAUUUUCUCCUUACCCUACGUGGCACCAUCGGGCGAAACAGAGGCAUCCACCCUCUGCACGGUGCAGCUUGCCAACGUCUUGCAAACCGCCCAGAACGACUUGGUCGAGGCAGUCGAGGCAGCCCUCGGCAUCCAGGCGGAAAACACACCGGCGCUGUCGGUCAGCGCGGCCACGGAGCCCAAAAUUGUGGCUUCCUUGUUGGCAUCGCUGGAUCUUCGCUCUGACUUGCUGCCACUGUUGCACCAGAGCCGGAAAGAGACCGAAUCAUGCAAUGCCUCCGUGGCAUACGACCUGGAUCAACUCGAAGAAGCACUGACGCAGCAUGUCCGCGGAGCUGUCCGUAUCCAGGUUCAGCUGCGCCACUAUCGCUUUGGCGGAGAGUUGAAGGACAGACUUGGCAGGAUAUCCAGUAAACGGCGCAAAAAACGCAAAAGCGUCGUUGAAGCCAUGCCCCCCGCAACGAACUUCCGUCGCCUGGCUGCUUUGUUGUUGCUGCCAGUGCAGUUCGUCCAAGCGGAGCAGUGCGAAUCUGCAUCUUACACAUUCUGUUGCGAGCUGGGCACGCCAUGUGAUUGCAAGAAGGGAACGACUUCCCCUGGCCAGUGCAACCCGGCGUCAUAUGGCUUUUGCUGCAGCAUUGGCACGCCCUGCGAUUGUUCGCAGCCGCCUAAGCAACCUCAGCAUGUCCCGGCGGAGCCUGCACGAGUCUCCAACGUGUCACUCCCCACCCCUCAGAACCUCCCUGCUCACAACUGUACAGCGCCUGGCGACUGCGGCUUGGCUUACGAAGCCUGCUGUGCCGGCUUUGCGGCCAAAGGUUGCGACUGUCUGAAGGAUGAUGGGCACGGAGAAGCUGGGUCAAGCUGUGGCGACUGUGGGGCAGCGUAUGCAGCAUGCUGCAUGGGCUUCAAGGACUCGGGCCGUCUGGCAAUUCUUCGGCAAAUGCUUCCGCAGCAGCCUUUGCCCUUCGGAAUGGUGGAGGCCAGGGGAGCUACAAACGGCCUGGGCUCAAAGGAGAUAGCAGAGAGAGCCCCACCCACCCAGAGCCUCGAGUGGAUGCGCAAGAAGAACGUGCCCACUCAGAGUGUGUUGGCCGACUGUGGUGAAAGCAGCACGUGUGAGCAACGUGGCCAGGGCAGGAGCUGCGGCGAGAGCUGGAGCGACGUGGCGAUGCUGAUGAGACAGGCAACGGAGCUUCUGCGUGCGCUCGUGGAGGUCUUUCUCUUGGUUCUCUCGGCAAAGCUGGCCGUGCUGCCGUUGCGUGGCGAAGCGAAGCAGAUCAUCGUCGUUCGAAAGGUUCAUGCAGAAACACCGCUUGCAGAGUUGGUCGAUGCUUCGGCAGACGGGGCGAAGCUGCCUCAGGCCCUCCACAGCCGAGCUCAGCUUUGUCACUUGCAAGAUCUGUACAUGGAGCUGGUGGCAUCCAACCAUGCUGGCGACUCUCUAGCUGCGGUUGCACUGGCAUAUCAGGAGAGAGCACA